GCCUGAUCGCGUCUCCUGUGUUCCAUGAGCAAGUUUCCCACUUCCAGCUUCACCUUGAGAGCAGUACCCCACGCAUAAAAGCAGUGCCUCACGUUCCCCACGACCCUCUCCUCUCUUUCCAACACAUAAUUUCUCAAACACAUCGCACACAACUCAGCCCCUCAUCCAACAACAUUUCGUCAACAUGCCUCCCAAGAAGGUUGCCGACGCGGACGGUGCAGCCCCAGCCAACCUGAUCCAGGGCUUUGAUAGUCGCGAUUGCAAGCUCCUCGCUGCCGCGUUCAUCAGCUCGAUCGGUCCAGAUAAGUACGACUAUGACCUUUUCGCCAAGCUCACGGGCAACACCGCCGGCUCGCUCAAGAAGAUGUGGCCUCCGAUCAAGAAGAAGGCCAUCGACACUCACGAGUCCUUCGGUAUCUUUCUCAACAACACAGGUGCGACUAUUGGCGGGGGAGUAGCCAAAGCUAGUCCUGCUCCCAAGGCCAGUGCGGGCAAGAAGCGCAAGACUACCGACUCCCCUGAUGGCGAAGCCGACGAAGACGUCAAGGACCCUGAGCUUAGAUCCGCUAGAGCCAAAUCCGACACUCCGAAGAAGACGCCUGCCAAGGAGAAGACUCCCGCCAAGGAGAAGAAGCCUCGUGCGAAGAAGGUCAAGACUGAAAUCAAGUCUGACUCUGAGGGCGGUGAGAACUCUGCUGACGGCGGCGACGGCCUUGGUACGAAGGGAGAGCCUGAGAUGGAGAUGGAGGUCUAGCAUCUUCCGGAGUGGCAUGGGUGUGAUGCGCGCUUUGUCACGUGUAUUCUUACCUUCUUGCUUGUCUUCGCUGGCACCGCUUAUCGUCACUAGCUUGGAGGUGUUGCAUCUACCAGCUCAGAUGUUCCUUGGGUAGUGAGGCGUUCGGAAUGAUACCCUGGGUAUGGAGUUUGGGGCCUUCUGAG